AUGAACGCACGCGAUUUCAACUUCGAAAUCGCCAUGGACGGUAGCCAAGUUGACGAGGUGGUAGCCAGUAUCUUCCAUACAGUGCUAUUCCACCGAUCGAGCGGCAAAUUCACCUACAACAACGAAGAAAGUUACUCCAUACGAACCGUUAAUUAUGUGGACGUUGACUGCGAUUUCAUAGACUUCACCUACGUCUGCUGCGCGUCCGAAUCGCUCGCUCGGAAGCUCAAAAGAGAAAUAUCGGCCUUUUCGAAACUCCUGCGCACGAUCGACGGCAGACCGUCCCCCGCUAAGGGCGAAAUAAGCCUCGAGUUCUUCCAAAAGCACCGGACUAGAUGGUUUCUGCCGACAUACGUACCCGUGCCUUGGGAAAUAUGGCGCGUGAGUUGUGAAUUGACCGAAUCGGGCCAGGAUAUGCAUAGACACGAGAGCGUAGUGGAAAUGCUUCAAGACCAAAUAGUGUUUAUCACAGAGAUAAUAAACCGUCACGAAUACGUGCCCAAGAUGCCUAACCGGUCGGACGCGGAUCUCAUAUUUGACACCUCGUACCCGGAUAUUCAACCUUAUCUCUUCGCGAUAAAGUAUAAGUUACCGGAAACAGAGUCGAAUACUGUCAGCAACACAGUUCGGAAGCUUAUCAGGGACACCCUGUAUUUGUGA